AUGAACCUCCUCAACAACCUCUGCCCCCUUGAUGGAAGAUACCGCAGCGCCACAGAAGAGCUGCGGAGGGUUUGGGGGGACUGCCAGUUGAUGCGGCUGCGCGUGUACGUCGAGCUCAAGUGGCUGGAGUUCUUCGUCGCCAACGUCCACCCCAAAGUGCCUUUGACGGCGGAACAGCAGCGCGACUUGGAGCCCCUUUACGAAGUGACAGACGAAAACUUGGAAAGGAUUUUGGAAAUAGAAAAAGAGACGAAGCACGACGUGAAGGCUGUGGAGUAUUACCUCAGAGAGCGGGUGGCGAGGGUUUGCUCGCUGGCCAGCCUGCAAGAACUGCUGCACAUUUUACUCACCAGCGAAGACGUUAAUAGCGUCGCUUAUUCUUUAAUGACGAAAAGGGUUUUGCAAGAAGUGCUGCUGCCGCAAAUGCGGGCCAUUCAACGCCGCUCCUCGCAAGGACUCAUGGCCAGCCCGCGAGCCCCACAACUUUUGGAAAGGAGUUUGCGGUUUACAGCCACCGCUUGA